AUGAAGUUCUCGCAUUCGCUGAAGUAUAAUGCAGUGCCCGAGUGGCAGGAUCACUACUUGAACUACUCUGGUCUCAAGAAGUUGAUCUACGCGCUCCAGGCGGAAGAACUUCAGUACAUAAGCGGUUCGGGCGAGAGAGGCUCGGGCAAUGAAAAGACUGUGACCAAGCUCAAGAAUAUUUUCCGGCGCGGCGGGCGGAAACAGCGGGACGAAGAGUGCUUUGAGCUCGAGGAUGUGCACGAGAAGACGCAUGAGUUGCGCGCGCAAAGCAAAUUGUCACCGGAAACCCAGUCGUCCAUUUCCAGCGACGGCACGGCGUUUAACCCUCGAGAUGUGUUUGUAGCACGGUUAGUGGAGGAGCGCGACCUGAUUGACCGUUUCUAUAAGCGGUUGGAAAUUGACCUCUACAAGCAGCAGGAGACUUUGUUGAAGGACUUGGAAAACGCAGGUGCUACACGGCCGGAGCAGCAUGCGUACCACGAGGCUUUCGAGGCACAUGCACAGUCGGGGAUUGCGACGCGCGUCAGGACGAACGACAGCGUCCUUUCCGCGGUUUCGCGGCGUCUGUCAGUGCACGAGCCCAACAUGUCUGAAGAUGAAGACGAAGACGAAGAGGAAUAUGAUGACGCUACUGCUCCACACACCGCGCUCCUCAACUACGCGGACUUCAAUAUCAAAUCCCAGAAACGCUCGAUCUUGAAGAAGAAAAUAAUUGAUCUGUACGUCGAGCUCUCGCAGCUAAAGUCGUACAUUGAGUUGAAUCGUAUUGGGUUUUUUAAAAUCACGAAGAAGUUCGACAAGACUUUAUCCUGCACUGUUCGUUCCGACCUAAUCGAGAGCGGCGAACUCUUCAAAGAGACUUAUGUCUUCCAGCCAUCCACGUUCGAUAACUUGGACAACAACAUCUCGCAGUUAGUGGAGUUCUAUGCAGUUAUCACUGACAAUGACGACAUCGAAGAGUGCAGACAUGAACUCCGCUCUUACUUACGCGACUACAUUGUGUGGGAGCGUAACACAGUAUGGAAAGAUAUGUUGGGUUUGGAAUCCACUGCAAACAACAUCGCGUCCGGCGGCAAGCAGGACGGAGACAGUGCGGAUAACAUCAGACAGCUUGAGUACUUCACAUAUCAUCUAAGGAAGCCAAUAGGUGUCAGAAACCUUGUUAUCAGUCAGCUGAAGGUUCCAAAGUGCCUAUUCACACUUCGCGCUCUGAAACUCUAUGUGAUUCUUGCAUUGACGCUAGUUCUUUUGAACGUUAAGACAUUCAACGACCCCGCACAAAAGCGCUGCAUGGCCUUGGUCGAGUGUGUCGCAUUGUUAUGGGCUACGGAGGCCUUGCCUUUGUUUGUGACGGCUAUGUUUGUGCCACUUUUAGUGGUGCUAAUGCAAGUUUUGAAGGACGAUAAGGGUGAAGUACUAACGGCGGCUGCCGCUUCCUCGAAAGUCCUCUCACUAAUGUGGUCGUCCACAAUCAUGGUUUUGUUAGCAGGGUUUACGCUUGCUGCCGCCUUGUCGAAGUAUAACAUUGCGCGCGUGCUAGCCUCUUACCUAUUGACAGCAGCCGGUACGAAGCCGCGGAAUUUGCUCCUCGUCGUAAUGUGCGUUGUUUUCUUUCUCUCCAUGUGGAUAUCUAACGUGGCUGCGCCAGUGUUGACAUACUCGCUUAUUAACUCAGUGUUGCGUACUAUGUCCAGCGAGACACCAUUCGCACAGGCAUUGGUGUUGGGUGUCGCGUUGGCCGCCAAUAUCGGUGGUAUGGCUUCGCCUAUUUCCUCUCCUCAGAAUGUGAUUUCCAUGGACUAUCUCAAGGAGUACAACGUCGGCUGGGGCCAAUUCUUUGCAGUCUCGCUGCCAACGUGCGUAAUAUCACUUGCGCUGGUUUGGCUUCUCCUCAUUUUCACAUUCAAGAUCAACACGACUACUCUCAAAGCAUACAAGCCCAUCAAGGACGGCUUCACCCUGAAACAGUACUUCAUCAUCGCUGUAUCGUUGGCGACCAUCCUGCUUUGGUGUGUGUUAUCGCGUAUAGAGGGCACCUUUGGGUCGGCUGGUCAGAUAGCCGUUAUCCCGCUCGUGCUCUUCUUCGGAUCAGGCCUCUUAAGCACACAGGAUAUCAACAACUUCCCUUGGUCCAUCGUCAUUUUGGCUAUGGGAGGCAUAGCUCUAGGUGGAGCAGUGUCUUCUUCUGGGCUUCUUGCCACCAUCGCACGGUCCCUACAAGCCCGUGUCAUGGACUACUCCCUCUACGCCGUGUUGGUCAUCUUCGGCCUUGUCAUGCUCGUCGUUGGUACGUUUGUUUCACAUACUGUCUCCGCAAUCAUCAUCGUCCCGCUUGUCAACGAAAUUGGCACCCAUCUUCCAAAUCCCAAGGCAUCCCCCGUUCUUGUGUUUGGUUCCGCGCUAAUUGCCUCCUGCGGUAUGGGUCUUGCGUCCUCAGGGUUUCCGAACGUCACGGCCAUCUCCAUGACAGACGAGAUCGGCAACCGAUACCUAUCCGUGAAUACCUUCAUCACCCGAGGGGUCCCUGCCUCCAUUUUAGCAUAUCUUUGCGUCAUUACCAUCGGCUUUGGUAUCAUGAAUUCAGUACUUUCUGGCGUUCAGCCCGCAUGA